UUAAGAAAAAACAUACAUAUUUAAUAUUUACACGUGACAAUAUGUUAUCUUUUUUAUUAUAUUAUGAUGGAUAAAAAUAUCGACAUUGAAGAAUUAAAAAAUGAUAUAAGAAGACUUCGAAAAGAACUACUUUUUAAGGAACAGUUACUUCAAGAAAAAUUGUUGGAAAAGGACCGUACCAGUGUAUAUAAUGAUCAGCUUACCACUAGUGAAAUUAUUCAGUACAGUCGGCAAAUGAUAAUGCCAGAAAUGAGUUUAAAAGGGCAAACGGCAUUGAAACAUAGUAAAGUUCUUAUAGUAGGAGCAGGAGGUUUAGGAUGUCCUGCUGCUAUGUAUUUAGUCCGUGCAGGAAUAGGUGAAAUAACAAUAAUUGAUUACGAUGAAGUUGAACUAUCCAACUUACAUAGACAAAUUUUAUAUACAGAAUUUGAUAUCGGCACUGCAAAGGUACAGUCUGCGUAUAAUAUAUUAAAAAGGGUAAAUAACCAUGUUAAAAUAAUCCCAUUGUGCCUUCAUGUAAAUAGAGAUACAAUAAAAGAAAUUGUCGUUCGAAAUAGGUACAAUGUUGUAAUAGACGGAAGUGAUAAUGUGGCAACAAGAUAUCUCUUAAAUGAUGUGUGCGUCAUGAAUGAUAUUCCUCUUGUAUCAGGUAGUGCUUUACAAAUGGAAGGUCAACUUACUGUGUAUCAUUACAAAGAUGGACCCUGUUAUCGUUGUUUGUUCCCGGUUCCCCCACCACCUGAAACCGUAACGAGUUGUGGGGAUGGCGGUGUUUUGGGACCAAUUCCUGGAGUAGUGGGUGUUCUUCAAGCGUUAGAAACAAUAAAACUUCUUAUAAAUUUACCAGGUGUGCUUUCUAGCCGUUUAUUGCUGAUAGAUGGGUCAAGUGCAACAUUUCGAAGUGUAAAACUUAGGUCAAGGAACCCUGGCUGUGCAGUAUGUGGUGACCAACCCACUAUAACAUCUUUGAUAGACUAUGAGCAAUUCUGUGGAUCUAAGGGUUAUGACAAGACGGAUAAUAUAGAUAUUUUGGAGCCAGAGGAAACGAUCGAUGUUGAGGAAUUUGCUAGAGUAAGCAAAUAUAAUAUUGUACUGGAUGUUCGACCAGUAGAGGAGUACCAUAUGUGCUAUUUACCUACCACCAUAAAUUUUCCAUUUACUAGGAUGCAGAGAGACGAUUGGGUUGAGGAAAUUAAGAGAUUGUUUCAGCGGUGCAGCUCACCGAACUUGGAAAAAGUAUACGUUUUAUGUAGAAGAGGAAAUGAUUCGCAGAGAGCCGUUUGUCAUUUUAAAGAGAAGUUGAAAGAUACUGGCAUUCAGUUUUACAAUGUUAAAGGAGGACUCUAUGCUUAUGCCAAGAAAGUAGAUCCAAGUUUUCCAAUAUAUUAAUUUUUUACAAACGUAGUAAGGUCGAUUACUGAAAUGACUUUCUGUACUUUUGAUUUGAGUUUUGUUUUAGUAAGUAUUUGUUUAUUAUCUUAAGAUGGUUAAGUUUGUUUACUCCUUUAUUUUCUACUCUUUA